AUGCAAGACGCUACAGCUCAGAUGGCAUUACUGCAGUUUAUGCAAUCAAAACUCUCUACCAUCACCCUUCCUGCUAGCGUGCACUGCGACCAUCUUAUUCUUGCGAAAAGAAAUGCGUUGCUAGACCUUAGCAAUGCAAAAACACAGAACAAGGAGAUAUACGAUUUUCUUCUCAGUGCGUGUAGAAAAUACGGCUUAGACUUUUGGGAACCGGGCGCUGGUAUUAUUCAUCAGGUAACCUUAGAAAACUAUGCCAUUCCUGGUAUGAUGAUUAUUGGUACCGACUCGCACACUCCCAAUGCUGGUGGUAUCUGUUCCAUAGCUGUGGGGGUGGGUGGUGCAGAUGCAGUCGAUGCACUUGUGGGUAUGCCCUGGGAACUACUUAUGCCAAAAAUAAUAGGGGUACACUUAAAGGGCACUGUCUCUCCAUGGUGCUCGCCGAAAGACAUCAUAUUAAAAUUAGCUGGAGAGCUUACUGUAAAGGGGGGCACGGGGUAUAUCAUAGAGUAUUUUGGAGAGGGUGUCCAUUCACUGUCCUGUACAGGAAGAGCAACGAUAGGCAAUAUGGGGGCGGAAGUAGGAGCUACUACAUCUAUAUUCCCUAUGGAUGACAAUAUCCUAGAAUACAUUACACUUACCGAAAGAAAACAUGUUGCUGACAUAGCGGUUAAGCAUGCUGAGAUAUGUAAAGCAGACGACGAAGUGCUACAGAACCCUCAUUACUACUACGAUAAAGUAAUUAACAUAGACCUUAGCACGCUAGAACCCUAUAUCAAUGGGCCAUAUUCGCCAGAUAGAGCCACCCCUCUUUCUGAUUUUGCACGAUUUAUUCAAGCAGAGAAGUAUCCAGAACACAUAAGUGCUGCACUCAUUGGGUCCUGCACCAACUCUUCCUAUGAGGAUUUAAGCAGAGUGUACUCUCUCCUUACCCAAGCAAAGAAGAAAAAAUUAGCUCUUCGGACACCACUAUGGCUCUCUCCCGGCUCUGAAAACAUCUAUCAGAUCAUAAAGCACAAUGGCUAUCUUACGCUGUUUGAGCAGUUUGGCACCCAUGUACUAGCAAACGCCUGUGGUCCCUGCAUUGGGCAAUGGAAGCGCAGUGACAUUAAUGAAAAUGAUACAAAUUCCAUUAUCAAUUCAUUUAAUAGAAACUUUGCGAAGCGGGCUGAUGGUAACCCCAAUACACAUUCCUUUGUAAGUUCACCAGAAAUUGUAACUGCUAUGGCAUUGUCUGGUUCUCUACUCUUUAAUCCCAUGAAAGACAGUCUUAUAAACAGCGACAAGGAACCUGUACAAUUAAGCCCGCCUGAUGCAGCGCCCCCUGCGCCUAGAGAACUCCUACAUACCAUCUUUGGCAGUAAACCUAAGGGGCUUAUUACAGCAAACGAAGAUGAGAUAGCACGGAAAAAACAUAUUGUAUCCAUUUCUCCCGACUCUGAAAGACUACAAGAAUUACAACCCUUCGAAGCAUGGACACAAAAAAAUUUCACACAGCUCUAUCUACUUAUAAAAGCAAAAGGAAAAUGUACCACUGAUCAUAUUUCUAUGGCUGGCCCAUGGCUACGCUAUCGUGGUCAUCUUGAAAAUAUAUCUAAAAACCUGCUUAUAGGAGCGGUAAACGCUUUUAACGAUAAAACAAACCACAUAUACAACCCCUUUACACACACAUACCAGGAAAUAGAACUCGUUGCACAGCACUACAAGAUACAGAAGAGCAACCUUAUUAUUGUGGGAGACGAAAACUAUGGAGAGGGCUCAUCUCGAGAACAUGCAGCAUUGGAGCCGCGUUUUAUGGGAGUAAAAGUUGUACUAGCAAAAUCCUUUGCCCGCAUCCAUGAAACAAACCUCAAAAAGCAGGGUAUACUCCCCUUGUUGUUUAUUGACCCAACAGACUACGAUCGUAUUCAAGAAAGAGAUAGUAUUGACGUACUUCGUGUAACAGAACUGCUUCCUCAAUCUCGACUAGAACUUGUAUUGCACCAUGACAAUGGAAGUACACACUCUUUUGAAGUAACACACACAUUAAACGCAACUCAAACAGAAUGGUUUAAGCAGGGUUCGGCUCUUAAUAUGAUAAAAAAUACACUGAGUUCUGCAUAG